GAGGUACGCUGGCAGUGAAAUAUCGCUUUCCUAACUCUGGUAAACAAAUGUAACUGGGCCACCAUCAGCUUCUAUAAAGGCUGACUGUCUCAGUGAAGCUCAGUUGUUUCGUGACGUGCAGCUACCAUCUGAGAUCUUGGUGUUUAUUCCAGUUAUAUCCUGAAUCUGAUCAGCUGUAGCAUCAUGAAUCUGUGGCUCAGCAGUCAUUUCCUGGUAGCGGGGCUGUUUCUGAGCAGCUCGGCUCUGACACCUGAAGAAUGCCAGCCCUUGGUCACACCUUUGUCUCUGGCUGUCCCCUCCGUGAACUACGGCAGGUGGAACUUCAUUGUGGGUUACUCUGACAAUGAAGGAUAUAACGAAAUGCUGAAGGUAACUGAGAGCUCCUGGAUGACUGUCAACGCAUCACAAUCCAGCUCCGAUUCAGUUGUUACGUCUCAUGAUAAGAUGAAUGGAACCUGCUUUGGCUUAUCUGUCAAUGCAACCAUUGAUGGCAACACUGCAUCAAUCUCAUUCGCCAACAUCUCCUCGGUGUUCCACCUGCUGCCGACUUGUGACGGCUGUAUGCUGAUGAACAUCAACAGCACCGUCAGAGACCUCGACAAAAUACUUCGAAUGAUGAAUAUCAUCAGCAACAUUACAGGGGAGGAGGUCAAAUUUCACGCUCUUUAUCUGAUGGCCAGAGAGCCGACCCUGAAGGACUCGGACAUGGAACAUUUCAAGAAGCAGGCGAGCUGCCUCGGCUUCUCCAGAAAACCAGACUUCCUCUACGACCACAAGAACGAUUUCUGUGCUGAAGACGAGGGCACUAUGAUGCCGUUCUGAACUUAAGAACAACUUUAAUGAAGAUUUCAAACUGAAACUGAGGAAAUAAAGAGACAAAAAGUGACUCAAAACAUCAAA